AUGCGAAAACCUACCGCCGCCGGAUUCGUGGUCGUCGAAGGUUUCGUGACGACGAUCGUUGAUAUCUUCCCGAAUACACUCCUGAAAGGCUACAGACGGGAGUUCUUCUGCGCAGGGUGCUGUCUAUUCUUCUGUAUGGCGGGAAUACCCAUGGUGACCUAUGGCGGCAUGUUCAUCUUUCAACUGUUCGACUUCUACGCAGCAAGUGGGUUUGUCCUCCUCUGGGUCGCUCUCUGCGAGAGCUUAGUCAUAGGAUGGGUGUACGGCGGUAAUCGUUUCAUGCAAGAUAUCAUCAACAUGAUAGGCAAGGGUUGGAUCAAACCGUACAUGCUGGCUGCAUGGAUGUUUAUGACGCCUCUGUUUGCCGGGACCAUCUUCAUCUACAGUAUAGUUUACUACAAGCCCUUGACCUAUGAAGAUGAUUAUGUGUAUCCCUGGUGGGGAUACAUGUUGGGUUGGUUUAUGGCUCUCUCCUCCAUCCUCACUAUUCCAGUUGUCUUCAUCUACCAGUUCGUCUUCGUGAGCAAGGGGACACUGAUGGAGCGAUGGGUGGACGGGACUACAUCGCGAGUACCAGAGAUCCGACAAGAUGGCCCAUUGGACAAAAAGGACCACUCAUACGGAGAAUUGGAAUUACGAUGAUUCGAUCCCCAAGUUAGAAGACAGUGGAUGAUUAAUAAAUGCCGGAUUUUGGGAAGCAUUUAUAAAUG